AUGGCCUCGUUGAACAGCCUCGUGGAGGUUGACAGCAUCGAAUUCGCAGUGAUAGUUGACAAUGAGGUCGACCCGAUCUCACCAGUUGUGCAUCCCGGUGUGCAGUAUAAGGGCCGCCUCCCCGAGGUCAAGCUAUCUCCGAUUCCUCCGGGACAGGGCCGCGGUGGAGCUCUGGCGGAGAUCCCGAUGCACGCCACUGCCGUCAAGGGCGAUGUUCGGCAUACACUGCUCUUUGACACGGGUCCCACAGAGGACUCAUUUGAGGCCAAUGCGAAGAGGCUUCCGAUCGACCUGGCGAUGGUUGAGCGCAUCCACCUUUCCCAUUGGCACCGUGAUCAUUCAGGUGGGAUGCUCCGCGCCAUCCGCAUGAUCCAGGAUGCCAAGGCCAAGUCAGCUCCCACGGCAAACAAGGUCGUCGUCGACUUGCACCCGGAUCGGCCGGACUUUCGUGGUUUUGCCCUCGCUCCUGACAAGAUCUUCUCACUGGAGGCCGAUCCGUCCUUUGACGAGAUGUCAAAUGCUGGGGCUGAAGUUGCGACAAACGCUGCCGCUCACACCGUCCUCGAUGACAUGUUUCUCAUAUCAGGGAGCAUCCCGCGAGUUACAGAGUACGAGGGGGGUCUCCGAGCUGCCAUGCGUUACGAGUCCAGUACUGGCCAAUGGAGAAGCGAUGAGUUGAUUAGUGACGAAAGACUCGUGAUGUGCAAUCUUAAAGGCAAGUACGACGAGGGGCUUGUUGUGUUCACGGGCUGUAGUCACGCAGGCGUGGUCAACGUUUCAAAGCAUGCUGUUGAGCUCGGUGGCUCUGCCCCUCUCUACGCCGUGAUUGGCGGUUAUCACCUCGCUGAUGCCACGCCUGAGAAGAUGCAGUCCUCAGCGGAUGAUCUGAAGAAGCUCAGCCCACAGGUGAUGAUUCCCGGUCACUGCACCGGGUGGAGGUUCAAGCAAUUGCUGGAACAGCAGAUGCCAGGGUCACUUGUGCCUUGCUUUGUCGGAGCUAGAUUCACGCUCAGCAGUGUCAUCGAGGCGUAA